UUACCGUUACCGUUACCGUUACAGUUGCACUCGAUGAGCGCCGUCGAAGGGGAUCGCAAUCGCGACAGAGAACGGGAUCCAUGGAGCAGUCGCAGCGGGAGCCGCAGCCGAGCGACGUCCAUUGGAUCCUCCUGGCUGCACGACGAGCUUCAGCCGGGAGAGCAUGAGCCCACCUCCGCCCUUUUGGAUUACUGCAAACGGAAGUUCCUCCGUCCAUAUGUGGCCAUCCUGACGCUGGUGGGCCUCAAUCCCAUCUCCACCGAUAUGAGCAGUGUCCGGGCCUGCUGCAGCUACGUCCAGGCGCUGAUGGUGCUAUUCGUCCUGCUGGUGGGAUACCUUUUGCGGUACAUAUGCGGAUACAGAGGCGAUCGUGGCUUCACCAGCUACCGGGACAUUCGACCCUUUAGCAAUGGGACAGACGGAGGAGCAAUUACCCCCAACACCAUAGGAGAACUACUCUUCGGAUUCAUAGUGCCCAGUGGGUUUAACCUAAUGGCCUUCGUGUCUGCGGUGUUGGUCUGCAAGGUGAUCGACCACGAGCAGCUGCAGAACCUCAUCGAGCGAGUGUUCCUGAUGUCAGCCAAACCGAAGAGGCUCUGCCGGAUGUUGUGGCUCUUUCUGGCCAUUGCCCUGGCCCUGCUGAUUUUGCUCUUUGGGUACGCCUGCUGCGUGGUGAUGAUGCAGCCCAGCCAGAUCGUCAAGGUGUCCUGGCUAGCAGAAGCCCUUAGCGACUGGGAGAUGUGGCUGCGUGUGGGCCUGCUGUUAACCAUACUCCUCCAAGAUCUUGUGGAGAUCAUCAUACUCAGCAACUACUAUAUAGAGUGUUAUUUGCUGAGAAUGCAUUUGGAAACGCUGUCGCACAAACUACUUAUGCACUCAAUCGAUUCGCUGGAUUGGAUGCGGGAAGUGCUCGAAUUCCGCAAGCUGCUGGAGCGGCUGAAUCAGCACGUGUCCAUUCCGGUGUGCUUUCUGAUUGUAAUGAAUCUGGCGUACGCCUUUGCUGGCCUAGUGUACCUCUUCAAGGACUUUGAUUUCCACUACUGCGCCCUGAAGCUCGUCCUGCUCAACAUUGCCAAUGUGAUGCUGUGGCUGUUUCUGGGAUUGCUGCCCUUUUUCGUGGCCUCCUCGGUGACGCGUGUGUGCCAGAAUGCCCAAGCCAAUGGACACCAGAUACGCGUUCGUCCUUUUGUGUACCACAAUACCUCGGCGGAGGAUCUCAACUCGACGCUGCUGUUCGCCGCCUCGCUGGACAUGUCUGCCAAACUCUUCCGGAUGCCCAUCCAGCCGAACUACCUCUGCUUCGCCAUACUCGUGGUCGUCAUUGUGAUCCUCACGCUGGGCAUGUGCCUGAAUCUCACCGCCCUGGGCAAAAUAUAACCACUAGCUCGUACGCACUCGCCUAUAAUAAUAAAAGAUUAUAGUAUUUGUCUAGCUUA